AGCAAUAAGUGGUACAUACACUCUACAAGUGGGCCAAUGGGCCCCAAUUAGCAAUUGUGUUAAUCUUAACCAUUCCAAAAACUUGAGGGUUGUUUGGUUCUUCCUUAUUCCUAAACAAUGGAAACUCUUUCUUCCCUCACUACCCUUCCUCUUAACUUUACUAAUUCUUCAAGCAAAAUAACUACCCAAACAUGUCUUAUUAACCCUAGUGGUAAAGUUUCCAUUAAUAUCCUUAAUCCUAAAUUAAGAAACUCAACAAAUCAAGAUUAUUAUUAUAAUUGUAUUAAAGUUAGGCAAUUGAAGGUGAGGGUGAAAGCAAUUGAUGAUGUUUCAAGAGUGAUUGAAGAUCCAAUUCAAGCUCAAGUUUCUUGGGAAAUCAUUGUUGGUUCUCUAGCUGGAGUAAUACCUUUCAUUGUUGCGGGAAUUGAAUUCAGCAAAAGAAUUGCAGCACAAAGAAGUUGUGAGGUUUGUGGAGGUUCAGGAUUAGUUUUAAGGGACAAAAAAUACUACUUCAGGUGCCCUCGAUGUGGAGGUUUUCUACCAUGGCAAUCUUGGAGAAGAUUCUUUUCAGGGUAAUCAAUUUAGGGGUUGUUUGGUUCAAAUACUUGUAAAUGACAUGUAUUCAAAUACAGGAGUAAUGAAACUAAAUAGUGAAUUACCAAUGUUUUUGAAUUCUCUAUCUAUGUAUAUAUACACGGAUACACUACUCAUAUAUCUAGCUACAAUAUUGAUUAACAUCAUUUGCCCUUGUAUAAUACGGAGUAUAAAGUAGUGAUUGAACUCCAAUUCAUUAACAAACAUAGUGUAGCCUAUUAUUUUUAGUCCAUGGAAACUAG